AUGUCGAAAACAGCUACCAAAGCGGCAGUUGCCGUCCAAACCAAGGCUGCGGGUGAUAUCUCAUCGGUUUUCCCCAGUCUCAGACCGGACUACCAACCUGAACCACUUUCAUCUCGCUUCCGCGAUCUGAAAUUAGGGUUAUUCGAGAAGAAUGAGAAAGCUUUGACAGAUAGUUGGAAAAGGCUGUUACCCAGCCUGCAAAAUGAAGUGGCACAAAUCAAGUCGAAAGGCAGUGAUAUCAUUCCUUCUGUGGAAUACGCCGACAUCGUGUCGGGAAAUGUCACGGAAGAAACUCUUAAAGAGAUCCGUCAUCGCGGCUCAGUCGUGAUUCGUAACGUGAUUCCCCGAGAGCAAUCCCUGGAGUACAAACAGCGAAUCCGGGAGUACAUCGCUGCGAACCAAGAGCGUGUCAAGGCAUUCCCGGCUGACACGCCUACCGUUUAUGAACUUUACUGGACACCAGCUCAGGCAGAAGCUCGCGCACAUCCCAACAUGCUUGAAACCCAGCGCUUUCUGCAGCACCUGUGGUAUUCAUCGGACCCAAACUCGAAAUUUUCGAGAUCCAAUCCACUCAGCUAUAGUGACCGGCUGCGAAUCAGAAACCCCGGUGAUGCCAAGUUCACCCUCGGUCCUCACGCUGAUGGUGGCUCGUUGGAGCGCUGGGAAGACCUAGAGUACUCCAAUGUCUAUUCCAAGAUCCUCGAGGGAAAAUGGGAGGACUACGAUGCAUGGGAUGCAAAGCACCGAUUGUCUGCAAAGAUGGAUCUUUAUAACGGCGCAGGUUCUUGCUCGAUGCUACGUUUCUUCCAGGGCUGGCUCUCUAUGUCGGAUACCGGACCUGGCGAGGGUUCUCUACAUGUUUGCCCCAUGAUCAAGCACAGCACGGCAUACACGAUUUUGCGACCUUUCUUCGACGUUGAGAGUCAGAAGCCAAAGAUGGACGCUACAUUCCCCGGCUCUGUACCAGGUGCUUGUCAGGAGUAUAACCCGGUGACACAUCCUGAGCUGGAACUCGAGACGACUAUGGUUUCUAUCCCAUAUGUCCAACCGGGAGAUUUCGUUGCCUGGCAUUGUGAUUCCCUGCACUCUGUCGACAAAGAACACCGUGGUAAGGGUGAUUCCAGCGUGAUGUAUAUUCCUGCCACCCCUCUGUGUGACAUGAACGUCGAGUAUUUGCUUAAGCAACGUAAGGCUGCUCUGGAGUACUCGCCUCCAUGGGAUUUCCCCGGUGCUGGUAGUGUUGGUGAGUUUGGAUUCAAGGGGGCUACAGACUGGUCUGCAUUGAAUAUUGACGGAAAACGCGCCAUGGGUAUGGGCGAUUCACCGUGGGAAAUCACUCAUGAAAUGAGCGAGGGUGAGAAGGCCGCUAUUCGGUCUGCUAAUGCCGCGUGCUUUGAUGAAUGA